CGGAGCAUUAGGCUGUUUUGAUCCUUGCGGGGAGCUUACCAGGCGGCUCAACGACACAUCCAGAAUCUCGUAGUGGCCCCUAUGGAAACGCUACGCUACGCUACGUGCAGUUCCGGAAGCCUCGAUACUUUUGCGGCAAAUGGUUAAGUCCGCCAAUCGCCGCAACUCGUCUUGUGGCUCUCAUUCAUCGAUCCACAGCAAGUCGACGUCGUCAGAACGCCUGUAUCUCUCCUCUCCGCCUAGCCCAUCAACCGACGGACACAUUCUUAGAUGACUACACCAGGGAAAGGCAAAGCUGCGGAACGAGGGACGUUGUCCAGAACAUCCUCAAAGAGAAGAAUCAGCGACGAGGAGAGCACGUCAUCCGACACCUCCAAGAAGCAUCGAAUCUCGAUUGCCGACCUUCUCUCGUCGCAGCAGAGCAGUGGAUCGAAUGACAACACUGUGAAUGGGCAGGGAGAGAGAAGCAAGCACGGCAACUCGACAAGGAUGGGCACUCUGGCACCGCAAUCACAGCAACAAGGCGGCACUGGCAAAUCCUCCUAUGCCGACAUGUACUCGUUCACACCGUCCCGCUCCGCCACGAGCAACCUCGUCGAUUUGACCUCUUCGUCCCCAUCGUCCCCGGAGUCAUCACAGAAGAGAAAGGCCUCAUUUGCGGGCCCGAAAACUCCAUUCAAUCCUCACCAAGGCCCCAAGAAACUCGUGGUCAAGAACCUACGGACUGUACCUCGGAUAGAUCCCCAGCAGUACUUCGAGCAGAUAUGGACGCAGGAGGACAAGGCCCUAGAUUCAAUCUUCAGUAAUGAGAAAGAGCCAUAUUCUUUGGAGGAACUCUACAAGGGUGCCGAGAAUGUCUGUCGGCAGGGCAAGGCUCCUGAACUCUACUCCCGGUUGAGCAAGAAGUGCGAAUCGCAUCUUACCGACAAUGUCAGGGAUAGAAUUCGGCGGGAUGAGGAACACUCUUCAGACCCGGAAGUGCUUCGGGCCUUCGUCAGCGCUUGGGCUACCUGGCAGAAGCAGUUGUUGACAGUCCGGCAGAUAUUCUACUACUUGGAUCAGACUUAUUUGCUUCGCUCCGCGGAGAACCCGAGUAUCACACAGAUGGGUCUGAUCAAGUUCCGAUCUUGUGUUUUCCAAGAUCAGGUCAUCCAGCAGAAGGUUUUGUCGGGCGUUGUCGGUCUCAUCGACGCUGACCGGCGGGGACAGCUGAAUGAGAAGGACACCAGUCUUCUGCGUCAGUCGGUGGACGCGUUGCAUGAGCUGAGCAUAUACACUAGCAGCUUUGAGCCUGUGUUCGUGUCCACCACCGAGAAGUUUUUCCGAAGUUGGCGUGAGACAGAUGCCAACAAGGACGACCUGGCGGACUAUGUCAACAAUUGUACUGAGCUACUUGCACGAGAGAUGGCGCGUUGCGAUUUCCUGACGUUGGAUCGAAGCACGCGAACGCUCCUUGCCGAUCUCUUUGACACCAUUCUAAUUGAAGAGGAAGUUGACCUGCUUACCAACGAUGACAGCGUCUUGGAUCUUUUAGAGGAAGACAAAUAUCAAGAGCUGGAACGGCUUUACACUCUUCUACAACGUAAGGGACAUGGAGAGAUGCUUGCUCCCACUUUCAGCAAGUUUGUUGAGACAGAAGGAUCUUUGAUCGUGUUCGAUGAGAAGCGGGAGUCGGAGAUGGUGGUCAGGCUGUUGGAAUUCAAGAGCAGGUUAGACCGGAUCCUGAAGUACUCGUUCCACAACAACGAGGCGCUUGGAAAUGCGCUGCAUAAAUCGUUCGAGACGUUCAUCAACAAGACCAAGAAAUCUCAGUCGAAUUGGGACACUGACAAUGCCAAACCGGGAGAGAUGAUAGCGAAACACGUCGAUCUCUUGCUAAAGGGCGGGGUCAAGGCCGUUCCACGUCUACAGAAACAAAAGCCCGAAGAGGAGAACGACUUUGACGAUGCACCAGCGGACGAAGACGCCGAGAUCAACCAACACCUGUCGAACGCUCUGGAUCUGUUUCGUUUCGUGCACGGAAAGGCGGUGUUUGAGGCCUUCUACAAGAAAGACUUGGCUCGACGUUUGCUCAUGGGGAGAAGCGCCUCCUUCGACGCCGAAAGAAACAUGCUUACCCGGCUGAAGAACGAGUGUGGCGCGGCAUUCACACAUAACCUAGAGUCCAUGUUCAAAGACAUGGACCUCGCACGCGAGGAAAUGCUGUCGUAUAAACAACUCCUAGAUGACCGGGGAAUCAAGCAAACUCCCGAUCUCAACGUCAAUGUUCUCUCGGCAGCUGCUUGGCCCACGUAUCCGGAUGUAGCAGUCAACAUCCCGCCCGAGAUCUCCAAGGUCAUGGAGGACUUUGAAGCGCACUACAAGUCCAAACACAGUGGGCGGAAACUGUCGUGGAAACACUCCCUCGCGCACUGUCAGCUCCGGGCGAACUUCCCUCGCGGCUACAAGGAACUUGUGGUAUCUGGAUUCCAAGCCGUGGUGCUGCUGCUGUUUAACGAUAUCCCCGCCGACAAACAUCUGUCGUAUACGGAAAUCAAAGCCUCGACCGGUCUAGUCGAUGCCGAGUUAAAACGAACACUCCAAUCCCUCGCAUGCGCUAAGUACCAAGUUCUCCAGAAACAUCCUCGAGGUCGAGACGUCGACGAGACCGAUACAUUCACCUUCAACGCCGGCUUCACGGACGCCAAGCUUCGCAUUAAGAUCAAUCAGAUCCAGCUCAAGGAAACCAAAGAAGAGAACAAGGAGACGCAUCAACGUGUCGCGGCCGAUCGGCACUACGAGACCCAGGCGGCCAUUGUGCGCAUCAUGAAAUCCCGCAAGAAAAUCACCCACAACGAACUCAUCGUCGAGGUCAUCAAGGCCACUAUGUCUCGCGGCGUGCUGGAUCAGGCCGACAUCAAGCGUAACAUUGAAAAGCUCAUUGAGAAAGACUACAUGGAGCGUGAAGAAGGCAACACGUACUCAUAUGUUGCCUGAUUUCGAUUUGGUCUUGGUCAUGUUUGGAAAUUCUUGGCCUGGGUUCUUGGACUGGCGCAUAACACUGACGAUUUCAUUCCCCCUCCUGCAUGCCUGUAGCGAAUGACUGGAAUUGCAAUACCGAUACCGUGUCUCUGUAUUUGGAUAAAUACUGCUGGUAGAUGCAUAUCUUAUCUUACGAUCGAUGACGUUGUUAUGGUGUUGGUGUUGGUGAUGGCGUGAUGGUGGCGGUGGUUGUGACAACAAAUUGCGAAAUGCUACUAUCAGUAGUAUGCUACGACUCUUGGUGACGGCGUUGUACCGGGAAGACUCUUACUCUUAGUUAGUACUAGUAGACGGAUGGAAACGAGACAUGAAUACAUACCUGCAGUAUCUACUCAAGAUUGACUGUCUCAUUGUGAGUUUGGCGAAACACACCGCGCUCAUCCGGACGUGCCGACUACUUUCGCAUGCUGGUGCUGACUGGCUGAUGGCUAAGUGCGCAUAGCCAUGUAUGUACAUCUGUUGCUGCAGGGCACCACUUGACAAGAUGGGUAUAAUUGUACGCGUAGGCAAUUCAACGGAAGAUAGGCAGUAUCGGGUUGAGAACACCACCAUGUACUAGUGUGUAAAAGGAGUAACACGGGCAAGGAACAACUAAGCCUCAUUCUCUGCUCACAAUAUUCACCUGUCCUCGCAUAAAUUACACUCCGU